ACGUCAUUGUACCUCACGCUUCUCCCAAGACAGUAAAGACGUGCCGCCAUAACCGAACCUGCCCCCGACCAUCCCGAGGUCAACGGAUAUUUCCUCAAGGUCUUCUUAUAUCCGAACAAUGUAACCUGUAUGAUGCCGAUACCUCGCAGGGAAGUGUGGGUGAGGGGUGCUGUCUGGGGUUCUUCUCGAGUGCGUGGAUGGAACUUGAUUCAUUCUCCGCACACCCGCUUCGUCUUGGAGGCCCUGUAUGAAGGAAGAUGGUUGAUUUACGACGCACACGAACUGGAACUUCGAUAAAAUCGAACCGGAUACGGUCACGGUCUCGACCACGCUCACGGCCCAGUCGACCCGGCAGCACGCGUGCGCCUGGCUUGAACCGCGUCGCCUCCAGCCAGUUCCCGGACGAUGGCUCGGUAUAUUAUGACCAUGACGACGACCGCAUUGCAGAGCAGAAUCCGCGAUGCAGGCCGGACGAUGUUGAUUCAUCGGAGAAUAGCGAGAGCGAGCAUACACAGGAGGAGGUAGAAGACGCCGAAGGGAAGUCGGAGGAAGAGGUGGAAAAAGUGGAGAUUGAGGAAUCCGGAAGGGACCUCCAUGGAACCACGAUCGAAGGGAUCAAGGGUGGAAUACCGUAUGAGGAGGAUGUCGAAGAGAAGCCUGCAAAGUUGGAGAAAAGCAGAAGUUCGCAAUCAAACAGGAAUCCGAACCUGGUGACAUGGGACGGCCCAGAUGACCCUGCGAAUCCAAAGAACUGGUCCAUGAAAAGGAAGUGGGCCGCUACGUUCAUCAUCUCCUCGUUCACCUUCGUCUCGCCGGUUUCCUCGUCCAUGAUUUCGCCUGCCUUGUACUCUAUCAGCGAGGAAUUCAACAUUACGCAGAAGGUUGAAGCUCAACUCACGUUGUCCAUCUUCGUGCUGGCCUAUGCUAUUGGUCCACUAUUUUUGGGUCCGCUGUCAGAGAUCUAUGGGCGUGUCAUUGUGCUGCAGCUAUCAAAUCUGUUCUACCUUGCCUGGAAUCUCGGAUGUGGUUUCGCUCAAAACAAGGUGCAGCUAGUGGUGUUCCGUUUCUUCAGCGGCCUUGGUGGCAGCGCCCCCCUUGCAAUCGGUGGUGGCGUUCUCAGUGACUGCUUCUAUGCCGAGCAGAGAGGGAGAGCUCUCAGCAUCUACACCUUGGCGCCUCUUCUAGGUCCAGCGAUCGGACCUAUCGCCGGUGGUUUCAUAGCACAGCAUACGACGUGGCGUUGGUGUUUCUGGGCCACUACCAUCUUCACUUUCUGUGUUCAAGUCUUCGGGUUCUUCUUCCUCCAAGAGACCUAUGCCCCCAAGCUUCUGGCAUGGAAGCGCGAUAAGCUGAAGAGGGAGACGGGAAACACGGAGCUUCAUACCGAAUACGACAGUCCAGACAAGACGAUAUUUCGAGUUUUGAAGACAGCAUUGCAGCGCCCCUUUCGGCUUCUGGGAACUCAACCGAUCAUUAUCGUCCUUGCAUGUUACAUGGCAUAUUUGUAUGGCCUCAUGUACCUCAUGCUCAGCACCUUCCCUCUGCUGUGGACGGAAGGGUACGGCCAAUCCGUUGGCAUUGGGUCUCUCAACUUCAUCUCCAUGGGCUUGGGUUUCUUCCUGGGUACGCAAAUCACGGCACCCCUGAAUGACGCCUUGUACCGUCGCCUUAAGAAACGCAACAAUGACGUUGGAAACCCCGAAUUCCGCGUCCCCAUCAUGAUCCCAGCAUCCCUACUUGUUCCUACCGGUCUGUUCUGGUACGGUUGGAGCGCGCAGGCGAAAAUCCACUGGAUUAUGCCCAAUAUAGGCGCUUGCUUAUUCUGCGCCGGCUCCAUUGUCUCAUUCCAGUGUAUACAAACGUACCUGGUCGAUGCAUAUACCCGAUAUGCUGCAUCUGCCAUUGCGGCAGCGACAGUGCUGCGAUCCCUGGCGGGUUUCGGCUUCCCUUUAUUCGCACCAGCGAUGUUUGCUGCUCUGGAUUUUGGGUGGGGAAAUAGCCUACUGGGAUUCAUUGCCAUUGGGCUGGGUGUGCCGGCGCCGUUUAUGCUUUGGACGUUCGGUGAGAGAUUGAGGGCUAAGAGUAAAUAUGCGGCUGGAGCGUAAAGAGAAAUGCUAGAGCAUGCGCAACGGCUUGAUCAUACAUUUCAUUGGUCUGCAUACUUGAUGGAACGUACAUUACCUAUGUACUUCCAUUGAGCGCUCCGAGACAUUGGUGUAUAUAUCUAAGCUCUUUGCAAUUGAUAUCAAAUGCAAAACCUCCCAUCGAUUUCGCGCUCCGAGUGUAUUG